AACCUGGAGAUUUAAAAGCCGCCGGCUGGCGCGCGUAGCGGGGGGGGGGGGGAGUAAGGGGGGAGCUUGCACGCGCCGGCCCUGGGUGACAGCCGCACGCCUCGGCCAGGAUCUGAGUGAUGAGAUGUGUCCUCACCGAGGCGCCCCAUAGCACCCAGCGUUCAGCAUGGACUGAGAAGCUGGACCAGAGGGCUGGCAGCAAUGGGCUUCUGGCUGGAUCCUAGACAGCAGGUGGCAGUGAGGAGGAGAGGCCUCGUCGUCGUUGUAUGGAGCAGGGCUGGGAGGAAGCAGGACUGGCACGCAUGAACAGCCCUCGCACCCUCCCUGCCGGGCCCACCAUGAUCCAGAGACUGUGGGUGAGCCGUCUGCUGCGGCAUCGCAAAGCCCAGCUCCUGCUGGUCAACCUGCUGACCUUUGGCCUGGAGGUGUGCCUGGCUGCGGGUAUCACCUAUGUGCCCCCCUUGCUGCUGGAAGUGGGGGUAGAGGAGAAGUUCAUGACCAUGGUGCUGGGCAUUGGUCCGGUGCUGGGCCUGGUCUCGGUCCCACUCCUAGGCUCAGCCAGUGACCACUGGCGUGGGCGCUAUGGCCGCCGGAGGCCCUUCAUCUGGGUGUUGUCUCUGGGUGUCCUGCUGAGCCUCUUCCUCAUCCCCAGGGCUGGUUGGCUGGCGGGGCUACUGUACCCGGAUGCUAGGCCCCUGGAGUUGGCACUGCUGAUCCUGGGUGUGGGGCUGCUGGACUUCUGUGGCCAGGUGUGCUUCACCCCGCUGGAGGCCCUGCUCUCUGACCUCUUCCGGGACCCAGACCACUGUCGCCAGGCCUUUUCCGUCUACGCCUUCAUGAUCAGCCUCGGGGGCUGUCUGGGCUACCUCCUGCCUGCCAUCGACUGGGACACCAGCGCCCUGGCCCCCUACCUGGGCACACAGGAGGAGUGCCUCUUUGGUUUGCUCACUCUGAUCUUCCUCACUUGCACGGUAGCCACACUGUUUGUGGCUGAGGAGGCAGCGCUGAGCCCCGCUGAGCCAGAUGAGGGGCUGUUGGUACCCACCGUGCUACCCCAUUGCUGCCCGUGCCAUGCUCGCCCAGCCUUCCGGAACCUGGGUGCCCUGUUUCCCCGGCUUCACCAGCUCUGCUGUCGUGUGCCUCGCACCCUGCGCCGGCUUUUUGUGGCUGAGCUAUGCAGUUGGAUGGCCUUCAUGACCUUCACGCUGUUUUACACAGACUUUGUGGGUGAAGGGCUCUAUCAGGGUGUGCCCAGGGCUGAACCAGGCACUGAGGCCCGAAGACACUACGAUGAAGGGGUCCGGAUGGGCAGCCUGGGGCUGUUCCUGCAGUGUGCCAUUUCCCUGGUCUUCUCUCUGGUCAUGGACCGACUGGUGCAGCGAUUCGGCACCCGGGCAGUGUACCUGGCCAGCGUGGUGGCUUUUCCUGUGGCUGCUGGCGCUACAUGCUUGUCCCGCAGUGUGGCUGUGGUGACCGCUUCGGCCGCCCUCACUGGCUUCACCUUCUCGGCCCUGCAGAUCCUGCCCUACACUCUGGCCUCCCUCUACCACCGUGAGAAGCAGGUGUUCCUGCCCAAAUUCCGAGGGGACACUGGCAGUGGAGGAGGUGAAGACAGCCUGACAGCCAGCUUCCUGCCAGGCUCCAAGUCUGGAACUCCCUUCCCCAAUGGACCCAUGGCUACAGGGGGUGGUGGCUUGCUACCGUCUCCACCCACACUCUGUGGGGCCUCGGCCUGUGAUGUCUCCAUGCGUGUGGUAGUGGGCGAGCCGUCUGAAGCCAGGGUGGUCCCAGGCCGGGGCAUUUGCCUGGACCUCGCCAUCCUAGACAGUGCCUUCCUGCUGUCCCAGGUGGCCCCAUCCCUGUUCAUGGGCUCCAUCGUCCAGCUUAGCCAGUCUGUCACUGCCUAUAUGGUGUCAGCUGCAGGGCUGGGUCUGGUCGCCAUUUACUUUGCCACACAGGUAGUAUUUGACAAGAAUGACUUGGCCAAAUACUCAGUGUAG